UCCAGGGGUGGGGCCGCCCUGUCUGCUGAAUGACAGACUCUGACCAGCUUGUGAAAACAGAAGGAAAAGCAUGGAGUUGUUGGUCAGAGACACAGACUUAACCAGCAUUAACAUGUCCAUGAACCUUGAGCCCAUGAUGGAGGAAAAACUGAGAGAGGACCUAAAAUACUACUUCAUGAGUCCCUGUGAGAAAUACAGAGUGCGACGGCAGCUACCAUGGAAGCUGACUGUGCAGAUUUUAAAAAUUGUCAUGAUUACAGCUCAGCUUGUUCUCUUUGGCCUUAGCAAUCAGCUGGUGGUGGCCUACAAGGAAGAGAACUUGAUGGCUUUUAAGAAUUUGUUUUUGAAGAGCUACAGUGGUGUCGAUGAAGAUGACUACAGUGUGGCUGUCUACACCAAACAGAGUGUUUAUGAUAAUAUAUAUUAUUUCUUUGAUCAGUAUUCUCAGUUAGAUCAGCUGUCUGUGGGUGCUGUUAGCUACGCUGAGGAGGAUGGAAAGUUACAGCCAUUAGUCAUCUGUAAAGAGUACUACAGUCGAGGCAGAGUGGAGUCAUCAGACAACUACGAUAUAGAUGCCCAAACUGAAACAGUGUGCUUGACAUUGGAUCCCAAGUCUGCUGCAACAUGGAGAACAGUCAAUUCCUCUUUUUUUGAGCUGGACUUUCACAGGCUGGUUAAUAUUGAGAUCACUUUCAAACUUAAAGGAAUCAACCUACAAACUGUGCUCUCCCAUCAGCUUCCUGACUGCUACACUUUUGCUGUGACUAUUUUGUUUGACAAUCAGUGCCAUAGUGGGAAAGUGAAAAUUACCCUCGAUAUUGAUGCUGUCAGUACUGCAUGCAAGAAGUGGAAGAUUUCAGGAACCGCUCAGAAGAAUACUCACUACCUCCUUGUCUUUGAUGGCUUGGUUAUUGUAGUGUGUCUCACCUCUGCUGUGCUGUGCAUUCGUUCCAUUGUUCUGGCAAUUCGACUGCUUCAGAGAUUUUCCAUGUUUUGUCUAAUAAAAUACAACCGUAAGAUAUGCGAGGAUGACCAAAGAGAAUUCCUAAAUGGCUGGUACAUCUUGGUAAUUAUCAGUGAAAAAGAGAGUAUAUGGGCCAAGAUAUUGGGACACUCCCUCUAACAUAGUUUAAUCUGA